AUGAUCUCUUUGUUUCCUAUGGAUCUAUGCCAUUGAAACAAAAACAAUGUUUUAUUUAUUGUAUUAUAAAUGAUUUUAAGUAUACCAUAAAUAACUUUACGUUAAAAUUAUAAAUUUAUUUAUUUAUUGUGUUUUUAUAGUUUUUAACUGUAUGUAAGUUUAGAAAGAUUCGCAUAUUCAAGGAUUACGCUAAUGAAGAUGCACAAGAAGACACGGGCUGUUCUGGUCCUCCACCCACACGCUGUACAGGACAGCGCUGAAGGGCAAGGUGAUGUCGCUCAGUAUUACUUUGUGCCCGCGCCUAGACGACUAGAAAGAUACUCCAGUGCGGCUGAGUCCAGGAGACAAGACGGACUUUCCAGUGCAGCCGAGCCCUUGAGACAAUACAGACACUCCAGGGCUCUCAGGGACGACUCCUCAUCGGACAUAAGCAGCCAGCGCCCGCACGUCCUCACACCACGAUAUUACAGGCCGUUACGCAACCGUCGAUUGCCAAGCAAGCUGUGCCUUCCCGUGGCGAGUCGGCCAGAGCCCAGGCGCAGGCAUUCUAAGCCACUUCCCCUCAUUGAUCUCUCUGAAGACCUCGACAGCUUCCUCAGCCUGUACGACGACGAAGCAAAACACCGCGGACAGGAUCAAGCCCGCGUGCCGUACGCCUCCCUCCAGCAGUUCGUGCCAAGGCACCCCGCGAGGCCUAGGAGGCGGGGCUUCUCGGCGCCACUCACCGUCCCGACCGGCAUACCCCUGCCUCGACUCCCGAGGAAGCUCGCGCGCCGCUCGGAGAUACCUCUGAGGCGAGGCCGGCCGGUGUUCUUGCAGGCUGCGGACCAGGAAAUGGAGGAGAGUGCUCCUGGCGCUCGAGGUCGGGAGGUAUCAUCGUCCAAAGCAUACAGGACUGGAGCACUUGACAACUUGCCAACGAUGAAUUCUGACUGGUACGAUUUGAAACAUUUGGCUGAAGUGUCAGAAAUAGAGGACUCUCGGCAGCUUGCACCCAAGACCACCAGCAACUCGUCCAACCACCAGACCCCUGUGAUUCCAAGCAGGCUGCUGAAGCAGUCCCGACUCGCAGCUAAGAAAUGCAAGCCCGCUCGCAACCUGCUACCCAAGCCUAGGAGGAGCAAGCUUACGUCUUCAGACUCCGCUUGGCUCAGCAAGCUACUCAACCCGCCCCGAGGCAGAGCAGACCAGCUGGGAAAAGCUUCAUGCAAGCACAAGCAGGAUACAAAGCUACACGAAAAAACCCCGAGCGCGAGGAGCUCUGACUCUGAAAUACUGAGUAACUUGCUAAGAGACCUUAAGAGACGGUUCCAAGCAUAUGAGAUCAAAGAAACAGUUAGACAGCAAGAGACGCCAGCAAGCGGUUUGGUCAGCAACAGAACUGAAAGUGAAUCCGGGAAAUCGAAGAGUAUUGUGACAUCGAAUGCAGCUUCUGUUAUCCCGAACUCACCCGCUGUGCAGGAAGAGCCCGCCUCGCGGAGCUCCGGCUACGUGCAGCUGGACAAGAGGCAGGUCAUCGAAGCGGAUAACAGCGGCUCUAGCACCAGUCUGGACCCAAGGCUGACCCUGGACGCUCCAGCCUGCAAGGGCUUCGUCAUGCUCCCAAAAGAACCGGAGAGAAUCAAGACGCUGAAGCAGUUGCAGAGGGACCACCUGAUGAACAUCCAGCGAGAGGCGAAGCGGCUCCUGGUUCUACAGAAGUACGUUGAAGAACACGUGGGGACGCACUCUACUCCAGAUACAUCCUAGCUCCGAGAAAAAAAUAUAUCUAAGGAAAUUGUUCCUAGUCUCAGGCCAUUGUUAAAUUAUUGUUUACGUCUUUUAUCAAUAUUUUUAGCAGACUUGUUUUAGUAAAUUUAUAUUUAUUUCUAACUUUCAAUAUGUAAACUAUUCAAUUCGUAUUUAUUUCAAAUAAAUUAUUGUUUACGUCUAUUUUAAA